UCCAGAACGUUAAUUUUGACUUGAAAUCAUCCAACAGCCUCUCCCUACAACCCGUCCACAUGUGCUCAGUCCAUUGGCUGAAAUAAUUAUUUUAUUUUUUCUUUUCUAUUGCCAUUAAUCAUUAAUUACUAACAGAAGGAAAAGAGACGGAAGAAUCAUUUCUUCUCUUUUACCAUGCAACCUUUUUAUUUUGGUCCUUCAAUUAGUCGGUAAAGGGAUUGCAUGAAUUUAGUGAAUUUUUUUUGCGAAAAAUGGAGCGCAGAGGGACGCUCUAACCCUUAAUCAAUUACUAAAUACAGAGUCUGAACUCCAUCGAUAAUUAAACAUAAUAAUAAUUUGUGAUGUAUUUUAUAAAUAAAAAAUAUUGAUCAUCUUUAUUGGAUUCAAAUAUAAACAUUUGGGUGUUGACGUUAAAUGUUGUAUUCAAAUAUGACAUGGGUUCUGGUACAAAAUCUCAGCUAACCCUCCAUGUCAUCUCAUUAUAUCACGACAUCGUGAUACGACCAUUGGCGGAGGCACAUGGAAGGGUGUGGGGUCAGUGGACCCCACUUGGAUUUUAGGCUGACAUUCAAAAAAUAUAGGUAUUAGAGGGGCAAGCAUGGGAAUCGAACCAUGGACCCCAUCUUACCAAUACCACUAGCCUUACCACUAGGACAACUUACUCAAUUGAUUACAGCAUGUUCAUUACUCUUAUAUUACUUAACAUUAACGACUUGACCAUCGCAGCAAAUUAAACUAAUUUACUAAUCCCUAAUCAAAUAUACUUUUCUCUGCCUACUGCCGCCCCAAAAGAAUCCCUUCCCAUACACGAGUUCGUAGAGAACUGUCUGUGCAGCGCCGACCUUUUGCCUCCCUAUUCAUUGUCGUUUCCGCUGCCAAGUGACCGAGUCCCCUCCAAAUCUUGUCCUCCUCUCUUCUAAGUUUGAGACGCAAGCAGCAGCAGUACUAGAGGACAUCAAGUCUUCUAUUUUGAACUUCGGCCAAGAAAUCUAAGAGCCAAAGACCAAAGGUAACUCGCAAUUCAAACAACUAAGCUAAUAAUAGUAUUGUAUUUACGUUGACUAUUUUAUUCCUAUAUAAGUUUUAUUGUUUCUUUUCAUUCAUGUCCACAGAUUGUUCAAGUUUCAAGAAGAAUCUGUUGUAUGCCUAUAAACAAUAGUGUACCAAUUGAAUAGUAAAUUUUAUAUUGAUUGAUAUCGUGCUCAAUAAUUUUGUAGAUUUCAAACAACUAUGGAGCGUUACUUUGCAAAGAAAGCAAAGACUACCCCAGUUCCUAAUCCUGUAGUUCCUGAAAAUAACGGAGCUUCCAAUAUCCAUCCAGAACCACACGAGUCUCCCUCUGCAGCUACAAAUCAGAAAGUUGAUCUCAAUUCCUUGCAAGCUGAUCCAGGGUUAAGACUACCGGUAACCUCCUUCCAUCCUAAUGUUCAUGAUGAGAUUAGAAGAGCUUAUCUUCAAAAAGGACCAUGUCAACCUCGAUUGCAUCAAUUUCCCUUUAGAGAUAUUGGUGAAAGGAAACGAAGAUUUAAUCCUUCUUGGUAUGAUAAGUACUCGUGGAUAGAGUACAGUGUUGCCAAAGAUGUUGUAUAUUGUUUGCCUUGCUACUUAUUUAGAAGUGAGAUCAGCAACAAGGGUGGAAGUGAUGCUUUUGUUUGGGAAGGUUUCAAUAGUUGGAAUAAGAAUAUUGGGAGGUUGGAUACUCAUGUUGGUGGUCCUAAUAGUCCACACAAUAUAGCUUCAAGAAAUUGUGAGGCUCUGAUGAAACAGUCACAAAGUAUCCAAGUUGCCCUCUACAAACAGUCGAAUCAAGCCAAGAAAGAUUACAAGAUUUGUUUGGAGGCUACAGUCGACUGCAUCAUAUUUCUUAUACGCAAUGGAUUGGCACUUCGUGGGCAUGAUGAAUCAGAUUCUUCAAGAAACAGAGGUAACUUUCUUGAACUUCUAGAUUUUCAUGCUCGAGGUAGAGAAGCUGUACAGAGAGUUGUGUUGGGAAAUGCUCCUAAAAAUCUCCAAAUGACCUCUCCAGACAUACAGAAAGAUAUUGUUCAUGCAAUAGCAUUUCAAACAACCAAGAAAAUCUUGAAGGAUAUUGGGGAUGAUUUUUUUGCUAUUCUGGUGGAUGAGUCUCAUGAUGUGUCUAUUAAAGAACAAAUGGCCAUUGUUUUGCGCUAUGUAGAUGGGCAAGGAUGUGUUGUAGAGAGAUUUCUUGGUGUGUCUCAUGUUUCAAACACUAGAGCAGUGACACUGAAGAAGGAAAUUGAGUCAAUGCUUAUAAGACAUGGAUUGAGCUUGACAAGAAUUAGGGGGCAGGGUUAUGAUGGAGCUAGCAAUAUGAAGGGGGAAAUUAAUGGACUCAAAACAUUGAUUUUGGAAGAAAGUUCAUCUGCAUACUAUGUUCAUUGUUUUGCCCAUCAGCUUCAGUUGACACUUGUUGUUGUUGCCAAAAAUCAUGGGGAUGUUAGUUGUUUCUUUACUACUGUUGGUAACUUGCUCAAUUUGGUUGGUGGGUCUUGUAAAAGAAAGGAUACUAUUCGGGAGAGCCAUGCUGUCAAAGUUGCUGAUUCUUUGGCUCGUGGUGAAGCAGAGAGUGGUCGGGGUUUAAAUCAAGAGAUCGGGCUAAAAAGACCAGGUGAUACUCGUUGGGGAUCACAUUAUGGUACUCUUGUUAAUUUGACUUUGAUGUUCACAGCUGUGAUUGAUGGUUUGGAGGUCAUUCGGAAUGAGGGAACUUCUGAAGCAAAAGGUGAAGCCGUUGCUAUGUUAACUUUAAUUCAGACCUUUGAAUUUGCUUUCAUCUUGAGAAUGAUGACUAAAGUUCUAGCAAUCACAAAUGAGUUGUCUUUGGCAUUGCAAAGGAAAGAUCAAGAUAUUGUCAAUGCAAUGACACUUGUUCGUACUGCAAAGAGUAAAUUGCAAGACAUGAGGGAUAAAGGAUGGGAUCCACUUCUGAAUGAAGUGUUGUCUUUCUGCAACAAAGAAUGUCUGCCUAUUUAUGAUAUGAAUGAUACUUAUGUUCCUCUAGGAAGAUCAAGGAGGAAUGCUCAACGAAUCACAAAUUUGCAUCAUUUUCAGGUUGAGUUAUUUUACACAGUGGUGGAUAUGCAGCUGCAAGAGCUUAAUAGUCGUUUUGAUGAGCUGAACACUGAACUCUUAUGUUGUGUGGCUUGCUUGACUCCUGAUAAUUCAUUUAGUGCUUUUAAGAAGCAGAUGUUGUUGAAGCUUGCCACGUUUUAUCCUAGAGACUUCUCAGAUGUGGAUAUCUCAUGCCUAGAUGAUCAGCUGGAUACAUAUAUUUAUGAUAUGAUGUCAAAUGAAGAUUUUAGAGAACUGAAAGGAAUUGCAGACCUUUCUAAGAAGAUGGUGAAGACAAAUAAGCAUCGAUCAUAUCCUUUGGUGUAUAUGCUUGUAAAGCUAGCUCUAAUCUUACCUGUUGCAACUGCAAGUGUGGAGAGAGCUUUUUUUGCAAUGAGCUACAUCAAGAACAAGCUGAGGAAUCGGAUAGGCGAUGCUUGGAUGAAUGACUGCUUAGUUGGGUACAUUGAGAGAGACAUACUAGAUGGUUUAGAUAAGGAAUCUAUUUUAGAGUACUUUCAGAAUAUGAAAACCCGUCGUGGUUCAUUGUAGACUUGGCUAGACCUUUCUUCUCUUUGUUUCUUUUCGUGAACAUGUUCUUUUAGAUACAAUUGGACGGAUGCUUUUAUUAUUGGACAAAUGCUUUUGUUUGACAAUCAGAUCAUUUGAUGAAUAAUUUAUUGUGGUUUUUUUUAUAAAUUUUUGGACCCCACUAUUACAUUUUGCUGGCUACGCCAAUGGAUACGACCUAGAUUUUGCAAGCUGGGAUUGUGUACCCUAUAUGUUCCCUUUAAAUAUUAAUAUUUGUUAUUCUAUUUGUAAUAUUGUAUUUUAUUCAAAUAUAAAAGUAGAUCUUUUAA